AUGGUUGCUAUUGUGAGUGCUGUUGCAGUUGUAGUUGUGAAAAGUGUUGAAAGCAGUGUCAGGGGCAAUGUGACGGAUGUCAGUACACCUGGUAUGAUUGUAGUACCAUCUAUUACGCUCACCUCACCGCUAUAUGAUAAUGCUACUACUACUCGAGAAGUUACUUUAUCAACUAAAAUAAGUAAUUAUACUGCCACAUCCACUCUGUUGACGUCACUGCCCAGUACCAUUUCUAACCAAGAUGUUACCACACGUACUAUGUCCACACACAGUGUUAACACAGAGACGCUGUUGACACACAAUGUUCCAACUACUCGAAACCCAGAUGACACUACGCUGUCUAUGCACACAGAUUCUGAAACGUCACAGACAUCGGUGCUACUGACGUCAUUUGUUCACACUACUAUAAAACCAGAUUCUACACGUAUUCUGCACACUACAGAUGUAACAACGACGGAGUUACCAACGUCCAUUGUUCACACUACAAGAAAACCAGACUCUACAACUAGAAUAGUUACCACCGAAUCGUUACCAACUACUAUUGCUAGCACUACACCAGACUCUACAACUAGAAUAGUUACCACCGAAUCGUUACCAACUACUAUUGCUAGCACUACACCAGAUACUAUCACUACGAUGGUUACCACUGAAUCGUUACCAACUACUAUUGCUAGCACUACACCAGAUACUAUCACUACGAUAGUUACCACCGAAUCUUUACCAACUACUAUUGCUAGCACUACACUAGGGUGCUCCAGGUACCAUUUCUACAAUGAAGUUAAAAUGACUUGGGAAUCCUCCUCAGCGCAGUGUGUGGACGACGGUGGGGCAAUUGCUUCAAUCCAUACUCAAAUAAUUUUCAGCCAGGUACGACAGUUUAUUAUCAAUGGUGGUUUCGAUGAUGGUUCAACGAAUUAUUGGAUUGGCUUAAACGACAUUGACACUGAAGGUACCUUCGUAUGGGCGAAUGGUGAACCUUUGACGUUCACACGCUGGGCUGGUUCUAACCCGAAUAACAGCGGAAAUCAAGAUUGUGUCCAAAUGUGGUAA